GUGGCGGCGCUUUUCUGUCGCUCUGGCAUGCAUUCUUGACGAGUGACUGUUUAGUGUGAGAGAUGACAGAUGAGGGGUGAAAUUAGAAUUUUCAGUUACGGACUCCUCACCUCUUUCUCUCUCUAGAAGUGAGACGAGAGAGGAAAAGACCGGGCGAGGACUGAAUAGAGUAGACAAGAACUCAAAAAUGGAGAAAGCUCUGACCAAAGUUGGGAGCCUGAAAACUGGUACAUUUUGGGUUUCCAAGAAAGCCAAAGAAGAGAUCUCCAAUAUCACUCAAGACCUCUCUACGUUCUCAAACACAGUCGAAGAGAAGGCAAAAUGGAUAUUUAAGAAGCUAAAAGGCAAGCCAUUGAAACCCUUGCCAGAUCUCCUCCGCGAGUACAACCUUCCUCCUGGCUUCUUUCCUCAGAACAUAGUAUGUUAUGAGUUUGAUGAGUCAAAGACCAAGCUGAUCGUGUAUUUGGCUUCUGCCUGUGAGGUCUGCUUCAAAGACUCAUCUGUUGUAAGGUAUGCCACUCGCGUCAAAGGGACAUUGUCAAGGGGAAAGCUCACUGGCAUAGAAGGAAUGAAGACAAAGGUCCUAGUAUGGGUCAAAGUCACCAGUGUGACUGUCGAGAGCUACAAGUCUGACAAAGUGUGGUUCACAGCCGGGGUUAAGAAAUCGAGGUCCAAAGAUGCUUAUGAAAUGCCACGUGAUGCCAUUAAAGUGGAGGAAUUUUGAGGUUAGAGAAUUUUGAGAUCUCCAUUGGCUUUUGUUAAUGUCAACUGCUGCUUCAAUAUAUAAUGUGCAUGACCUUUAUUCAUUGGUACAUUUUUCAUUUUAUGUGUUAAUAGCUUUUCUU